UUUAUUUUUUUAAACUAAGUAUAAAACUGGACUGGAUUGAAACAUGUUUGGAUCCAGUAGUUGGAUCAACGUAAUCGACCUUUAUCAUUACAAACAAACUCAAUCAACAAUACCUAGUUACUUACCAUUUGUACAUAUUGAAGUUGCAGUGCAGUGUAUUAUUUUGAUUGUAAUAUAUCAAUAACUUGGCGGAAACAUAGUAAACAGAAAGGGAUAAAAAUUGCUUAUAGUCGCUAUACAUGUUUAUUAAUUUAUAUUAUCCGUCCUGUCCUGGAACGAUAACAUUUAAUUUAUUGUUGACUUUAGGAUUUUGAUCAAAUAUGGGUUUACCUUUGCCAAUACCACCUUGCGCAAAAAGAGAUGGUAAUGUUGGAUUGGGCUGUGAACGCUUUGAAUAUGCAAGUAGUAUGGCGACUACUUUAUUAGCACCUGUCAAAACAGAGAGACAGAUUUUGGAACAUUCCAUGUAUGAAGAUGACCCAAAUGCUAAUACACAAUUACCAAGUGAGGUAGGGUCACAACCACGUUGGGGUCCUAGGCACCGUGGAGCACAAGAGCUUGCAGAACUUUAUAGUCCAGGCAAAAGACUUCAGGAAUGGGUAUGCGUGGUGGCUUGCUGUACAUUAUGCAUCUGUGCAGGCAUUCUGAUGGCCCGACAUAUUCGGGCGGAUGCCUCUUUACUAUUAGCCGCCGUUGCUGGUGUUCUUACCGCCGAUUUCGCUUCGGGCGUGGUGCACUGGGCUGCGGAUACAUGGGGAGCUGUUGAUUUACCUGUGAUUGGCAAAAAUUUUUUACGUCCAUUUCGUGAGCACCACAUCGAUCCCACCUCAAUUACACGACAUGAUUUUGUGGAGACCAAUGGUGAUAACUUUGCCAUUACUAUACCGGUCCUUGUGCGUAUUGUGUGGCAAUUGUCGACAUACGAUAAUGCCAGUAUUGAUAAGGAAUUUCACUGGAUAUCGUAUUGGUAUUUGUGUUGCAUCUUCGUAGCUAUGACAAAUCAGAUUCAUAAAUGGUCUCAUACCUAUUUUGGCUUGCCGUCAUGGGUGGUGCUAUUACAAGAAUGGCACAUAGUAUUACCUCGUAAACAUCAUCGCAUUCAUCACGUGGCGCCGCACGAGACUUACUUCUGUAUCACUACUGGUUGGCUAAACUACCCUCUUGAAAAACUACGGUUCUGGUCCACUUUAGAAUCAAUAAUUCAAGCUGUGACUGGAUGCAAACCACGUGCUGAUGACAUGAAGUGGGCACAAAAACGUUCCUAGGACAUUGUUUUCGAUAUUAGAAGACAAAUAUCACACUGCGCUAUAAUACUUAUAUUAAGUUACCACACAUCCCGUAUAUAUAUAUAUAUACGGGACGGGAAGUCCCAUAGUGGUUACUGAAAGUUAUGUAAUCUCGAGUUCGACAUCGGAAUCGUCUUGUUUUUGUGUAAACAACAUUUAGCAAUUAUUAAGUUUGUAUUAUAAUAGAUAGUUAAUGGGUAGAUGGAAAGCUGUGAAAUUUUAGAGAAUAAGAUAUAAUAAUAAUGUUCAACAAAUUUUUAAUAGAUAUGUACUGUAAUGGUCAUGAGCAGAUUGAUCUAAGAUGUCAAUAGACAAGUAACAUAUUUAUUACAGCGUAGUGUGACAAUAUAAAAUAAUGAGAAUUCUUCGCAAAUCACAGCGCAGAUGAAGGCACCAACAUAAUGGAGCUAUAGAUAAUACCAGUAUUACUUUUGCUAUGUCUUAUUAUGCUUUGGGGACUCCAGAGUCCCCACUCCCAAAAACUUUUUGAUGCAAGCAAGAUAUACAUUAUAUUUCUAUCUUUUUUAUCAUUGUGUAGUAUACGAGUAUAUGUUAUGGCUAAACUACGAAGUGAGAAUUAGUUUUAUAGACUCAACCCAAUGGGCUAGUUGACAAUUUUUUGUUUUCAUGACUAUUUGAAGAUGUUGAAAAAUUACUGUGGUAAUGACAUUGCUUUAACAGAAAUGACAAAAAUAAAACCACAUAUUUUUGGACUCUUCCAAACGCUCCAUACUGUGUGACACAUAGAAGUGAAGUCACAACGUGGUAAUAUCUUCGCAACAAAGCUAUGUUUAUUCAACCGCUACAUAUUUGAUGGAAGUUGUAAUUAUGCAUGAGAUACUGUACCUAUUUUUUUUAUUUAUUAAUUAGGCAAAUGUCGUAUAGCACUAUGUCACUAUAUCACUCGAAAGAAAGUACAAGUUACUAUUACGGCCGUCGAUUCCGUUUCGGGCCUCAACAUACACCCCACAGAAAAUAUACACCCUAAUUGGAAACUGUUACUUUCGUUUCUUGGUGUACUAUUCUUGUCUAUUGUGUUACUAUUGAUGAAAAAUUGUCAUCGUCAAAUUAAUUAUCUUUAUUGCAAUAACCGUGUGGUUCUUAGAUAUAGAUAGUUGCUAUAUACUCUUAGUACAUUAUAUCUUACUAAAUUGUGAGGAUGUAAGUAUGGAUGUAAUGUAAGGUUUUCAUUUUACAUCAAUUCGAAAUCUAAUAGAAGAAUUUUAAUGACAUGAUACAACUACCUAAUAUGUGUAUCACAGAUUAAGAACAUUACAUGUUAAUGUCACAGAUGGGUACUUAUGUUCUUAAAUCUGUGAUGUGUUUACAACAUGGAUUAGUACGUACUUCGUCGGAGUACCUACUAAUUCCAUGGUUUAAGUGUGCCAUACUGACAGCUGUCAUUUUUUGUCAUUUUCAGAAAAACCACUUUCGAAAUAGAUUCAGUAAAAGAAUUCUAUUUCAUCUAGUUUUUGUUAUUAAAAUAUAUACACACACACUACAAUAGAUACUAUGAGGUAAUUUGAUGAUAGCGCGUACUCUUGGUAACCGAAUGGGAACUGAAUAUGAUAAUAAAUAAGUCGGCAAUUAUGUGAAUAAUUGCAGACUUAUUUAAGACUCUACUGGUACAACUAAGGUACACAAACAUUUUCAAUAUUGUUGCAAUUUACGACCAAAAAUAUCUUCUACGCAAUCGUGGUUCGAGUUUAAAGAAAAAAGGAAGGAUUUUGUGGUUUAUCCUGAAAAUAAUAACACUAUUUUAGGUUAUGUUCUGUUCAACAGUGGUCAUAAACUGAUAUAAACUCGAUUUUGACUGAUGAUCUUACCUGUAUGAAGUCCAUAUUUUUAUAAGUCUUCACGUGUGAAGUGUUCCGAGCUUGUUUUCGACCGUUUACUGGCGCGAAAAUUUUACAGCGUGAGACGUAUCCCAUAGCUUUCGAAGUUUUUUUAUCUUAUGGAAAACGAUUUUUCUCAAUCCCAAUAUGUCGGCACCCGAAUAUGCUAGAGUGUUGUAUAUUUUCACAAACGAAUGCCUACAUAGUGAAAGGAUUAAUAAAGUACUCUAAAAUAAACGUUUUAGUCGACAUAGCAAAAGGCGGUACAUAACAUGCAGUGCUGUACUCUGGCGGGAUAAAUGUGCGGUAAUACUCCCUAUUGUGUGAUUUGCUGUACUGCACAAUGCUAGCUCGUUCAAAAAGUACAGAUAAAAAUCAUUUGUACAUUAGUCAAAUGGAAAACAGUAAAACAAUUAUAUUUCUUCAGUUAGGCAAAGUCCCGUCGUGAAGUCAUAAAUACAAAUAAAAUAUUUUUAGUUUUUAUAGAUUUUCCCAAAGGUUUUUAAUGAUAACCCAUGAAUCACUAAAUAGUUCUGUAAAAGAAAAAUAAUCAAAAUAAUAAAUACCAUUUCAAAAUUCAAAUUGUAAAGUUUUGACCCUUAGUUCGCGCACGGCCCGUCCGAUCGAACUGCGAUGUGAUCCCGUUGUUGUUCAUUGUUUUUAAUCUCUAAGCUCGAAGGCUUUAGGGCUAUCCACACAUUUCCGGGAACCCGGAAAAGUGUGGGAGUUCUAUCAACCUUUCGAUGAUCAUUUUGUACCUACUUACUUACGUCCGUGCCUCACAGCGAGCUCCGGGACACAGACGAUCCGUGGGCGAAGUGCGGGUUAGCAUUUCACUUCUCACCAUCGAAUCGAUUCGAAAUAAGACACAGCGAACUCCUCAGGAUGCGCCUGACACGGAGCUGUGUGAACAAGUUCAUACAGAUUGUUCUUACGUGACCGAUUUUUUGCCGUCCCUGACGGAACACGGUAGUUGAGUAGGUACAAAAAAACACCUGGUUAAUAGAACUUGUUCGACAGAAUAAUAUACUUUACGAUCUAUACUAUUGCAAUAAUUUCGAAUUCUUCUCCAUUAAAUAAAGACAUCGUGUUGGUAUGCGUAUUGCAGCUAAAGAAACAUUACACUGAUACCGAUUUCCCUGAUAUGUGUGAAUGCGGGUGACGGAAUGGCACGUCCCUGACGAGAACACUAAAACUGAUAACUCGGAACACGGAUAGUCCUGACCCGGAAAUGUGUCGAUAGCGCUUUAAAGUAUUAUUUUUCACUACAAUGUUUUUCCGUUUUCUGUCAGGUCAGAUCAGACAGACUGAUUCAAUGUUGGCAACAUUUAUGAAAUAUCCGAAUUCUGCGGAAAAUCGUAGACAGAAUUUACUUUUCUUCUUGGCUGAAUGAAAAUGUUCUUCUUGGCUGAAUGAAAAUGUUCUUCUUGGCUGAAUGAAAAUGCCGACUAUAUUAGCACACAUAGCGCUCAUGGGCGCAUCACAGAGUUACCUCUUUCAAGAACAACUAAAAAACUAUUAGUCUCCAAUCUCCAUAUCGACCUUGAAAAUCAUCAAUAGUAUCCAUAGAUCUACCGAAUGAGGCAAUAGGUACCUACAAUCUAUCGAGUGAGCUCUAUGCUAAUAAGGUUAACAUUGUUGAAUCGCAAAGAAUAAUACUUAUUAUUUCGUUAGUAUUGCCUCAUUCUGAGGUAUCAAUAGUAUCACAAUACUUAUUUAGUACAAAAUAGUCAACUAUCGACAGUUAUUGGUCUAUCAGCAACACUAUUAGUGCUCCAUUUGCUAAUACUGCACUUAAUACAGGGAUAACGCAGAUUUUAAUGUAGGUUUGCAUGGAUUGUAUUUAAUUAUACUAUAGGCAAACUGCUGUAUUUUCGUGUAAAAAGACUACAUUCCCUGUGUUAAUUUAAUUAUUUAGCCUAGUGCUUACAAGGUAUUAAGGUGCUAAUUCAAUAAUGUAAUCAUUUAUACUGUGAAUUAAAGAUAGAAACUGUAAACUACCUAUUUUAGCAGAGGAAAGAUACAAAUAACAAUAUUGAAUACGUCUAUACAAUACAUAAUGUAUGUGUUUCUGAAAAUUUAUUCUAAACGCAAAUUAUGAUUAAGUAUUUUAAAAAUAUGAAAUUAUAUUUUCAAAUACAGCCAUUGUUUAUU